UAUUCAACGAAUGACAAUACAAAACAAACACAGACUUCGGUCGAAGAGGUGCCCCGAUUGGCCAUUGCAUGGCUUGAUCUGAAAUUUUAUGGCCGAUCGGCAGUAUCGAUGAGUCGAUCAAAAGUCAUACUAAACGGAUUAAACGGUGGAAUUGAUUUCAGUUCAAUGGUGGCACUAAUGGGACCGUCAGGUUCGGGCAAAUCCACACUUUUGAAGUGUCUGAAUGGCAGACAUGUAGACAAYAUAGAUUCGUCGACCGAAAUCUAUUUGGCCAACGAUCGCAAAAUGCGGUCGGCAUUCAUAGUACAGGAUGUGUUGGAGCAUCUGCUGUCGGGACUAACAGCCCUCCAGACACUGAUCUACGCAUCGAAAAUCAAGAACAGCAGACAUCACGCAGUGGUCAACCAUCGGGCAAAUGCCAGACGAUUAUUGAAAGAMUUGAUGAUCGGAGACACGGAGUCAACUAAUGUAGAAAACUGUUCGGGCGGUGAACAGAAACGACUGUCUAUUGCACUCGAGUUGAUGGCCAUCAAAAAACCGAAUCUGUUGUGCAUCGAUGAGCCGACCAGCGGUUUGGACAGUAAUGCGGCCGAAAUUGUCAUACAAGUACUGAAAAAUAUCUCCCGAAAACAUCAGAUGGCAAUCGUCACAAGUAUUCAUCAGCCGAACAAUGAUGUCUUUAUGACCUUUGACCAGAUUAUUGUAUUGGCAAAGGGUGGACUAUGUGUCUACACUGGACCACCUAACGGCAUACGUACUCAUCUGACUACAGCCAACCUGAACUGUUACGACCAUCAGAUGCCCAUUGAAGUGUUGCUCAAGUAUGCAUCGAAACCGGACAAUCAAAUUCAAGUGUUGACCACACAAACUGAUCGCCUAACUAACCGAUUGAGAUACCGGUGUUUGAUUGAGGGACAGUUGGCUCCGCGUGGUAUACAGAAUAAGGCGGCAAAGUUUCAGUUCAAACACUGUUGGUAUUUGUUUCAGAGAUCACUUACCUAUCAGAUCCGUUCCCAAUGGAAGUUCCAGUUGGCACAGUUUAUCUUUAUUGAAGUUAUCAUAACAUUUUUGGCUUAUCUAUACAAUCGACGAAUAGGCGAACCCGACAGUUGUUUUUCAUUGUCUGCCAAAAUCAACGGUUCCUGUUUCAAGACGGCCGACGAGCUCUGGGAGGAGAACCUAUUGUUCCAAAAUCUCCGGUAUUUAUUCUUUGCCGGUAUUGUUCUCAUAGCGUUACUGGUUGUCAGUACUAUACUGUUGUUUGCAUCGGAGCUCAAAGUCUUUAUCAAUGAACGCAAAAAUGGUUGGUAUAGCACCGGUAGCUAUUAUUUGGCAAAAAACAUAGUAGAACUACCAAUGUUUUUAGUAAUCGUAACCAUAUAUGUAGUUAUUGUCUAUAAGAUUAAUCCGCAAAUUAACGAAACCAACCGUUUCGUAGGCUUUAUGUUAGUCAUGUUUGGCUGCGGGUUCUGUUCACAGGGUUUAGGCUUUCUCUGUGGUAUAUUGUUUCGAUCAGAUCUCAAGAUGGCACUGAUCUUCGCCAUCGGUGUUACUCUGAUAAAUCUGUUACUAUGCGGCUUCUUUGCCGCGCUCAGGGAUCUGCCUGAUUGGGUACAAUCGUUGACCUACAUAUCGUAUAUGAAGCAGACAUUUGAGAUGCACCUGUAUCUGGUCUAUGGUUUUGACAGGUGUCCGGUUGGUCUGAUGUCGUCAAUACUCUACCAAAACGAUCUGUUAGAUGAAGACAGGUUCUGGUGGAACGGACCCAUACUGGCUGUCAAUGCGCUGAUCCUACGUGUGCUCGGCUUUCUUAUACUGAUGUUUAAGACCAACUCAUUUAGUUUGAGUUGGUUUUGCAGUAGUMGUAAUGAUAGCUCAAAGAAAGCUAACCGCACCGACAGUUCACUGUCGAUGAUGAUGACCACACGGGUACAUAACAUUCAGGCCAUCGAUAGAUCUCAAUACAUGUAG